AUGACGUCCGUCGCCGACGCAAACCGUGCCUUCUUCGAUAACAUGAGCCAGACCAUACGACAAGAUCCCAUCAAGGCCCAGUGGAUCGCGGGGAUCAAUGACAAAGUCACCAACUUCCUUCAGUCUCACAUCGACUGGGUUGGUCUCUCACACACCAAAACAAAUGCUCCAGAUAGAAACAUCCGCCACCUAGAUUACGCCUGCGGAGACGGUGUUUUGUCGCGUGCCCUGCACCCCUACGUAACUGACACCGUCGGAAUCGACAUCUCCCCACUAACGGUAUCUUCUUACAACACAACGAACGCCUCCCUCAACCCUCGCCACCCCAUCCGCGCCGUCGUUGGCAGCCUGCUCGACAAAUCGGACCCCAAUCCUGUGUCCCUUUCUACUCCGGAAUUCUUUAACUUCGACAUCGUCACCGGGGGCUUGGCAUUCCAUCAUUUCGAAGACGCGGCGUAUGCUGCGGAGCGUUUAAGAAAGAGACUCCGCCCUGGAGGUGUGCUGGUGUUGACGGAUUUCUUGACGGGCGGCGACAUGCUCAUUGAUGAUGACGGCAACGUCGUCGAGGGAAGCGAAGGGGAUCAUUAUAGUCAUAUACGCCGUCAUCAUGCAAACGGCCAUGGCCAUCACCAUGGUCAUGGUCAUGAACACGCUCCCGACACCACUGCCGCCAAAGGAGAUAUAAAGAAACACACGAUGGAUUCCAUCGUCGUGACCGCCUUCUCCAUCCAGGAGGUGAAAGAUUUCCUCGCCAACGCUGGCUUCGUGGAUAUCGAUGUGCGGGUUAUGCCGGAGAAGGUGUUUGUGGAUUUUGGGAAGAAGAUGUUGAGGACGAUUAUGUUUGCGAAGGGGAGGAAUCCCGGUGACGGGAAGGAUGAACUUUGA